GGCCAGUUCAGUCGUCGAACGGCAGGCGGUGUGAACGCUCAAAAACUCUCCUCCGCGAGCCAAACAGAAUCCGCCGAGGAACGAACCAUACGCAGUCGUUGGCGGCGUUCCCGUGAUUGCUCGCGUUCUCCACCGCGGAGUGUGUUCCCGCGUCCCUCGUCCUUGCGUGUGACGAUCCCUCCCCUUCACGGGUGCAUCCGCAAGUGCAUUGUAAUCGCAUUGUAAUGCUACCUACCCCACACCCAGUAAUGUGCAGUGAUUGUGGGGUUUGGUGACGUGCUUCGAUGACGGUGAACGAUAACGGUGUGCCAAAGAGCGAUGUGUAAAGCGAUCCCGUCGCACAAGUGAGAUUGAUAACGGCAUCAUUCAUUCCGGAGGGCCGUCCGGAGGGCGAAGACGUACCUAGCCUGCAGCGUCACCACUGACGUAAAGCCAGUGGGUAGGAGCAACCCGUGCGCAGAGGGCAAACGCACCACCGGCGAGGCGAGGGAGCGUCCACUAGUACGUGACGACCGUCGGCGGUCGCGUCGGAUGCGUCCGGACGCUACCGGUGCCACGGUGCGACUAUGUACGGGCUGCUGCUCGAGAACCUGUCCGAAUACGUGAAGGCCGUCUACGGGGAGGACAAGUGGGAUGACAUCCGCCGGCAGACGGGCAUCUCGUCGCCCUCGUUCAGCGUCCACGAUGACUACGACGAGAAUCUGCUCAACGUGCUGGCGACGAAAGCGCAAGAAAUUCUCGGUAUAUCGGAGCGUGACUUCAUGGACCAGAUGGGCGUGUACUUCGUCAACUUUGUCAGCCAGUACGGGUACGAUCGAGUGCUGUCCGUGCUGGGCCGCCACAUGCGCGACUUUCUGAAUGGGCUGGAUAAUUUGCACGAGUAUCUCAAGUUCUCCUACCCGCUGAUGCGUGCGCCCAGCUUCAUCUGCGAGAAUGAGACGCGCCACGGCCUGACGCUCCACUAUCGGACCAAGCGCAAGGGCUUCGUUUACUACACAAUGGGCCAAAUUAGGGAGGUGGCGCGCCACUUCUACCAUAAAGAUAUGCAAAUCGAGCUGGUCAAAUCGGACCUGCUGGGCGAAACGAAUCACUACACGUUUCAGCUGACGUUCGACAACCGGGCCUUCUCGCUGGCCACCCUGGCGAUGACGCGCGAAGAGAAGCACCUGCCCAUUAGCGCCUCGGUACUGUUCGAGAUAUUCCCCUUCUGCAUCGUGUUCGGGUCAGAUAUGGUGGUCCGCAGUAUAGGCAACUCGCUCAUGGUAAUCCUGCCCGAUUUGCUGUCGAAGAAGAUCACCGAUUGGUUCGAGCUGCGUCGGCCGCUGAUAGCAUUUAAGUUCCAAACGAUACUCAACCGCACCAACAACAUCUUCGAGCUGGUUACGGUACAGUCGGUGAAGAAGCGCCCCGAAAACCAGCGCAAAACCGAGCUCGUCCUGUCGGAGGAGGAAGAGGAGGAGGAGGUGGAGCGGCGCCUGCGGCUCAAGGGCCAGAUGAUCUACAUGGAGAACUGGUACAUGAUCAUGUUCCUCGGUACGCCCGUCAUGCCCAAGCUGACCUCGCUCAUCAGCACCGGGCUGUACAUCAACGAUCUGUCAAUGCACGACUUUAGCCGUGAUCUCAUGCUCGCCGGUACGCAGCAAUCGGUCGAGCUCAAGCUGGCCCUCGACCAGGAGCAGCAAAAGUCGAAAAAGCUGGAAGAAUCGAUGCGCAAGCUGGACGAGGAGAUGCGUCGCACGGAUGAGCUGCUGUACCAGAUGAUCCCGAAGCAGGUGGCGGACCGGUUGCGGCGGGGCGAGAACCCGAUCGACACCUGCGAGAUGUUCAACAGCGUCUCGAUCCUGUUCUCCGAUGUGGUCACGUUCACCGAGAUCUGUUCCCGCAUCACGCCGAUGGAGGUGGUCUCGAUGCUGAACGCGAUGUACUCGAUCUUCGACACGCUGACCGAGCGGAACAAUGUCUACAAGGUUGAAACGAUCGGCGACGCGUACAUGGUCGUGUCGGGCGCUCCCGCCAAGGAGCAGAACCACGCCGAAAAAGUCUGUGAUAUGGCCUUGGAUAUGAUCGAGGCAAUAACGGAUUUGAAGGAUCCUUCCACAGGAACUCAUCUUCGUAUACGGGUCGGUGUACACUCGGGCGCCGUGGUGGCCGGUAUCGUCGGGCUGAAGAUGCCCCGGUACUGCCUGUUCGGCGACUCCGUCAACACGGCAUCCCGCAUGGAGUCCACCAGCCAGGCGAUGCGAAUACACAUAUCGGAGUCGACCAAGCAUCUGCUGUCGGCGAACUAUCGCGUCAGCGAGCGGGGCGAGAUCGACGUCAAGGGCAAGGGCACGAUGAAGACGUACUGGCUGGACUAUCGCGAGAACCGGCCCCCGCUGCAGCUGCUGGACGAGGAAAUUAAAACGCCCGCGAUCGAGUACGACCCGGGCAAGGAUCGGCGGGUCAGCAUUCCGUCCUGCAUGUUCUCGCAGCCGGCCCACAAACAGUCGCUCGGCGGACUCAGCUCGGCCGGGCUCGAGGAUCGGCGCGUCUACUCGCCGGUCACGUUCGAGGAUGUGGCGCGGCGCAGCAUCGCCAACUCGCCGGUCAAGCUGCACGCGUUCGGGCCGCGCGGUCGCGAGAAUCGAUCCAACUCGACCGGGCACGCGUUCAUGCACAGCGUGUCGGACGUGUUCGGCUCACUGGUGAACGAUACGGAGGAGUUCCUGGAGGAUCUGCAGCACCGCAACUCGAUCAGCAACACGCUGUACUCGGCCUCCACGCCGUCGCCCUGUCCGUUCAGCCCGCCGGCACAGUUUCGCACGAAAUCAAAGUCCUGCUACCAGGCGCAGUUCAUGGAUAAGGAUCACGAGCUGCUGUCCGGAGCAAGCAAAGCGUUACUGCAGGAAGUACCGAAAAAGCCCAAGGGCAUCCUGGCGAAAGCACAAACCGUCGAGCACGGACCGGCCGCACCGUGCGAGCACAAAGCGAAGGCCCGCAAAGCCAAGCUGGACGCGGUGAAGCAGCAGCAAACGAAGGCGCUGGAAAAGCUCGACCAGAUGGUGCAGGAAAUCUACGACGCGGACCUGCCCGGCAUGUGCUUCGUCAAUCCGCCCGGUUCCCGGUCGGACGGCAACAUCUGCCAGUCGAACAGUUGCACUCUCGGUAGCAGUAGGUCCGUAGUGGACGCGAGCACUAGCGACACCGCUUCCACCACCACCACCACCACCACCGCCUGUAACGCACUCUAUACACUUAACCUUUACUUUCCCGUUUCAUGUUCACCCGGGUGUGCUUGUGGGCUUGUGCCCGACUACUGCAGCCGAUCGCAGGCCGUUCCUUCGUCCCAUUUGGGCGCAGGGCAACCGGGCCCGUCCGGCAGUGGUUUGCCGGGGGCGGCGGGUGCCGGUCCUGGUGCACCCGUCUGCGAGCUGCAUGCCCAUCUGGCCCCGCGGCACUGUCACGGUUGCGAGCCGGUUGCCGGCAAGGUACCGCAGAGCAUGAGCUUUCAACACCCGAAAGAGCACAAGUGCUGCCCGGCGGCAGCGGCCACAGCGUACGCCACCCACGGCCAGAACGGACGACACAAAGUGCACUCGAACGCUUGUCACAUUCUCUAGGAAUGUCCCCGCCUCUGUAGUGGACCCGUUGUAGUGGGUUUGCUGUAGUAGCGCACGUACACAUCCCUAGAGUUGCAUCAUAGGUGUUCGGUGCAAUACUGCGACACUUACGACGAAAGCUUUAACCGAACCCAAAACCGGUCAAGUAAGAUGUUUCUAUUUGUCUUUAACUGUUUUUUACGUUUUUUCUAGACAAAUGACCGAAAGGUUUGUACGGGCACGGUCUAGCUGCACGUACCUUGCAUGUUGUAUACUUAAAGCGUUUAAACUCGCGCAACUUUAGCCCGGCGGGCUAAUAUUAUGUGUACACGGGAGGGAAUCAGUAGGUUAAGCGGAUCGUUGUUCUAGUGAUAUUGUGUCCACAAGGCGCACUGCUAGCAAAUGAAAGAAAAAAGGAGGAGUUAAUUUAUUAUCUGAAUGUCCUUAUUUUCGCGAAGGAACCCGUCACAGCUCACAUGCAGUACUUAAGAAGAUUAGUUAUACAAAGAAAUGUCAACAAACAAUGGCACACAGUACUCACACUCUGAGUGAUUUGUUUUACUCGCUAGUCGCUAGUUUAUUGCUACCAAAAGUGGCGUGAUGUUCACUCCUAUCUGUUAGUGGAUUUACACUUUCUAGGAAGCAAAACCAACCAACAAUAUACGACAUCAACGACACGGAAUUGGGUAUUUACAUUCGUUGUACAGUGCAGAAGUUUAGGGCCCUAGUGUAGCCAAUGUCGAUGUGAAGGUGUGUAUUUAUGUCCGUGUCUGUGUGUGUGUGUGUAUCUGGUCACGAGGAAGUUACUUAAUCAGGUUCAAUUGACAAUAAGCAAAUAUAUCUCAGAUGUCCCACCCACACCCCUCCCGGCGAAUGUUCCCCACGCAGUACAACUAAUAAAGCAGACAGAGACAGUCAAACGAGAAUGAUCGUUCAGAACCGCCCCCUCCCCCCUUCGCAGUAGUCCGAAGCAAAUGCCCAGAUUUGCGACCGCUUAGUGAUCGUCUUGAUGUUGAUGUACAUACUUGACAAUAAAGUUAAACUAUACGUGUAUGUGUUGAAGAUACCUCACCAUAA